UCCCUCACCGCAGACUCGCGGAAGAGUCAACUGAUCUUCCCCCAGCCCAACUACGCUGACACGCUUAUCAGCCAGGAGAGCUGUGAGAAAAAGGAUUUUUUAUCAGCACCUCAAUCUCUACUCGAAGAUGAAAGAGAAGAAUCCUUUUCUCAGGUAAUCAGUCUUUUCACAAUAUACAUACAAGCUAGUUUGCUGAAAUAAUUCAGUUACUUGCUUCCACUGUUUACUAUAUCUAUUUUGUUCCCCCAAAUUUUCUUGUGGGUAUAGUCAAGUUUUAGGAAGUGAGUCUUGGUGAAUUACUUCUUGGUAGGUCUUAAUGUUCACAGGCUGUAAGAGGAAGGAAAGGCUAGAAUUGCUGUGCCAUUCUAGCCUGAAUGUAAACCAGGAGUUAAUAGAUUGUCAAAAGAGCACUGUAUUAGUAACUUGGGUGUCUGGUUUUUCAUACUUUCUUCUCCACCCCUGGGCAAAUCAUGUCAUCCACCAGAUCAACAAUUUUUUCUUUGUUAAAAAUAUAAAGUUUGGAAUUGAUGCUUACUCAGGUCCCUUCUUUUAAAAUAUGACUUUUAUUUUAUAUUUGAAUUUGUGUAUGAACAGUGAAACACCUUAGUUGGUUAGUUCUUUCUCACUUGGUCUUAAUAAAUUUCUUUCAGUUUGGCAGUGAAGUUGUUUUCCUUAAGCUGCAUGUCCUUCCCUAUCAAAAAAGAUGGAAAUGUAGAAAUAUACAUUCUUUACAGUGUUUCAGGAGGUAUGUCAUGUUAUAUUGGCUUAGUUUUAAAUAUCACAUUAGCCUCUAAGCUGUCUGUUCCUUGAAGAAGCAACAGAUUUAUCCUUUGCUCCAUAAUAAAUUUGUAGAGUAAUAGUAAACAGAUUUAUCUUCUUUGUUUUUUUUUAUCUUUCUCAUAUGUGGGAACCAUAUUGCCUUUUAGUCUUUAAAAUAAUACAUAUCCUCAAUAUAGUUUUGCUUAAAGAAAAGAUACAAAUACAAAAAUUUGUAUCCUACAAUUGCCCAUAAAGAUCUUCUUUGUUCUUCUCAAGGUUUCCUACUCACAGCAGCUGCUAGAAAUGUUCCCAAUCCCUCCUCACCCAAUCCCAGUGCCCCUCUGACCAAUUUUCUUUUUCCAUUCCUCUUCCUAUAUUGGCUUUUAGUAUGUUGGUUAUGUAUUUCAUAACAGAAAAUAAUAAACCCACUAAUAUUCUAUGUAACUGGUAUCAUUUUAAAUUUUUAUUUGGGAAUUAUCACACACUAAUUGAAGCUUUUAUUUAAUGAUACCAUAUCUCUCAAAGUGCUGUGAUUCUUUAUGUUGCAUCUGAUUAAGGAAAAAUUUUCCGAGACAAUGCGUUGUGUUGGUUACUACUAUUACAUAUGAGUAAAAUUGGAACUAUGAGUAAAAUUGGAACUCACUGUGGAAUAAUAUGUCAUAAUAUCUUUACUUGUAGGUGAAUAAUAAAGUAGAAACAGGAAAAUAAAAGCAAAGUUAUUUAUACUGUGUGUAGUAACUCCACAAGAAUAAAUGCCUUAUGCAUAGAUAUGUAAUGCAUCAUGAUUGAAAUGACAAAUAUAUUAUAUUUAUAUUUCUGUAACUGGAAACCUACAGGGAAAGAGAUUCUGGAACAUGAAAGCUUAUUUCUACUAGUUUCAGUUGUGCGUUUUGAAAAAACAUCCUUACUGUCUCGAUUUAAACAAAGAGAGCUUUUAGUACCCUGAGGGUCUGUGAUUUCUCUCUCACUUCUAGGCAUUGCCAUGCUGUUUUCUCUCAUAUCCAGGCCUUUUCACUGAUCCACUCCUCUCAUGUUUCCUGAGAAAGCCUUUGCUAACCUCAAAGACCCAAUUGAAGGCUCCACUAACCCCCUUGGCUUCUCCCAUUAUGACAAUUAUCUCAGUAUGCUGCAAUUCCAUGUUUGCUUUUAUAUCCUUAUAAUCUCUGUGAAGGAAGUGACUGUGUCUACAUUGCUCAUCUUAAAUCCACAGACUAACAUAUUGUCUGACACCUAAUUGUGCGUUUGCUUAAUGAAUAUUAAAUAGCAACAAAUAUUGAGACUAAGUUAUCUGGCUGCCAAGAACAAACUUAAUGACAUACAGUGUAUAAAUAUGGCUAAUAUUUCUAUGUGUUUCUUUUCUCUUUUUUUUCCUUGUCUCAGCUCUUGUAGAGUUAAGAGUAUAGAGAGGGAAAGGUGAAAGAUGAGGUGGCUAUCUUAUCAAAUAACCCUGAUAAAUGUAGUAAGUAUAACAAUAAAUACAUGUUCAAGGUUCAGUGGUGGAAGAAAAAGUGACGGUCAUGUCUUUUAGUAGUUGUGUUUGUCGUUAAGGCCAGUUCUUUGUUACUGUGUGUUUCUUAAACUGAACAUUUCAAAACAGUAACUCCACUAUGUUUGAAGCAAAUAUUGGUUGCAGUGAGGUUAGUGCAUGGAGUCCCAAGAAAGAUAACUUGAAGUCACACUGUACAUCAAUUCAAUUAUGUUGAAUCAACACUAGUCCCCUUAUCUUUGACAAGAAGGAUUUCAGGUGUUGGAUAAUUCAAAAAUAAUAAUUCGUGUUUGUCUGAGAGGAUGCAGUAAACGGUUAGGCCUCUUAGUGUCGCUGUUGACCACUCAAGAAGGAGAAUGCAGCUGGAGAGCGAGUUCACCAUUUCCUUGCUCCUAAAAUGCAAAGAGCCAGCAAAUCAGACUCAGAAGAUCCGGGGCAGCUGCCAACCUCACCCCUUAGUCAACCGUCUGUUUGACCUGUGAAUUAGGCCCGCGAAAGACUUCAUUUCUUGAGAAAAUAAGAUUGGAGUCCAUCGUGGGAAACUGGAACAGAAUUCAGAGAAAGCAAUUCACCGCAAAGGAAAUGACCAAUUGCCUGAGUUUCCGAAAUGGCAGAGGACUGGCCCUGCUGUGCGCGCUCCUGGGGACGCUGUGCAAAACAGGAUCCGGGCAGAUUCGCUACUCGGUGUCUGAGGAGCUAGAUAAAGGUUCCUUCGUGGGCAACAUCGCUAAGGACCUGGGGCUGGAGCCCCGAGAGCUGACGGAGCGCGGAGUCCGCAUCGUCUCCAGAGGUAGGACGCAGCUUUUCUCUCUGAAUCCGAGAAGCGGCAGCUUGGUCACCGCAGAGAGGAUAGACCGGGAGGAGCUCUGUGCUCAGAUCCCGCGGUGUCUGGUAAAAUUUAACAUCCUGGUUGAGGACAAAUUGAAAAUUUUUGAAGUAGAAAUAGAAAUUAAAGAUAUUAAUGACAAUGCUCCUAAUUUUCUAACAGAGGAAUUGGAAAUAAAAAUUGGUGAACUAACCAUUCCUGGAACCCGAUUUCCACUUAAAACUGCUUUUGACCCAGAUGUGGGCAUGAACUCCCUGCAGAACUACAAGCUUACCCCCAACGACUACUUCUCCCUGGCUGUGAAUAGCGUCUCUGAGGAGGCCAAGUAUCCAGAGCUCGUGCUGGAUCGGGCCUUGGACCGUGAGAAAAAAGAAAUUCACCAGCUUGUCCUGAUUGCCUCUGAUGGUGGUGACCCUGUCCACUCUGGUAACUUGCACAUCCAAGUGGUAGUCCUGGAUGCAAAUGACAACCCACCAAUGUUUACUCAACCUGAGUACCGUGUAAGUGUUUGGGAGAACGCGUCAGUGGGUACCUGGCUGCUUACGGUGAAUGCCACCGACGCUGAUGAGGGAUUCAACGCUCAAGUGUCUUAUAUUCUAGAUAAAAUGCCUGGGAAAAUCUCUGAGAUUUUCCAUCUCAACUCAGUGACUGGAGAAGUAUCAAUAUUAAAAAGUCUAGAUUAUGAGGAUACCAUGUUCUAUGAAAUUAAAAUUGAAGCACAGGAUGGACCAGGUCUUCUUUCAAGAGCCAAGAUUCUAGUCACGGUUCUGGAUGUGAAUGACAAUGCUCCAGAAAUUACCAUCACUUCUCUAACAAGCUCAGUCCUCGAAGAAGGCACCGCUGGAAGAGAAAUUGCACUUAUUAAUGUGCAUGACCGAGAUGCUGGACAGAAUGGGCAAGUUGCAAUUUCUGUCCUGGGAAAUCUGCCAUUUAAGUUAGAAAAAUCAAUAGACCAAUAUUACCGCUUAGUGACAGCCACAUCCCUGGAUCGUGAACAAAUGUCAGAAUAUAAUAUCAGUCUGAGAGCCACAGAUGGGGGAAGUCCGCCACUGUCCACGGAAACUCACGUCACCCUGCAUGUGAUUGACAUCAAUGACAACCCACCCACCUUCCCUCAGUUCUCCUACUCCGCUUACAUUCCAGAAAACAACCCCAGAGGAGCCUCCAUCUUCUCAGUGACAGCCCAGGACCCAGAUAGCAACAACAACGCCCGCAUCACUUAUGCAUUGAUCGAGGACACCCUCCAGGGGGCGCACCUGUCCUCCUACGUCUCCAUCAACUCCAACUCUGGCGUCCUGUACGCGCUGCGCUCCUUCGACUAUGAGCAAUUUAGAGACCUGAAGCUACUGGUGACAGCCAGCGACAGCGGGAACCCUCCACUCAGCAGCAACGUGUCGCUGAGCCUGUUCGUGCUGGACCAGAACGACAAUGCGCCCGAAAUCCUGUACCCCGCCCUCCCCACAGACGGUUCCACCGGAGUGGAGCUGGCGCCCCGCUCCGCAGAGCCCGGCUACCUGGUG